UCUCUCUCUCUCCUUUUAUACAAUUACCAGCCUCCAUCCUUCUCUGCUCUGCUUUCUCUCAUCUCUCUCGUGGCAAUCCUGUAAUUUCGCCUAUUUUCAGGGGCUAUUUCUCUCUCUGAGUUAAUUUGGUAACGCUUGGAGAGGCUGUUUUUUUCCGUUUUGAUAUCUGAGAUUGGAGAUGGGAGAAGAAGAGUCGAAGAAGAAGGCAGAAGUCGAAAAUGCCCUUCCAGAGGCGUCGCCAACUUCGAAGGAGCACGUCGUCACCGAGGAUAAAACCGUCAUUCCAUCACUUUCUGCCGAAGAGAAGAAGAAUACCGUCGAUGAUUCCAAAGCUCUUGCUAUCGUCGAGAAGGCUCCAGAUUCUUCUGUAGCACAGAAAACCUCAAGCAAGUCCAAGGACAGAGAUGUUGCUCUUGCCCAAGUUGAAAAUGAGAAGCGGAGCUGUUUAAUAAAAGCAUGGGAAGAGAGCGAAAAGACUAAAGCUGAGAACAAGGCCCAGAAGAAGCUGUCGGCAAUCGGAUCGUGGGAGAACACAAAGAAGGCUUCUGUGGAAGCUCAGCUGAAAAAGAUGGAGGAGAAGUUGGAAAAGAAGAAGGCUGAGUAUGGGGAGAAGAUGAAAAAUAAGGCAGCAAUAAUUCACAAGGAAGCUGAAGAGAAGCGGGCCAUGGUCGAAGCCAUGCGCGGUGAGGAGAUUCUCAAGGCCGAGGAGACGGCUGCGAAGUACCGUGCAACUGGACAUGUGCCGAAGAAGAUCCUCGGGUGCUUCGGAGGUUAGAAAUUCCCAAACAUGAAUUGAAAGAAAAGUAGAAAUUAUGAGUCUUUCCCUUCUUCGCUAUGUAUUUAUUUUCUUAUGCUUUCUUCGUUUAAUCACAGUUUGAGAGUGUUUCAUUACCACAAUAAUGGUUGAUCAUGUAUGUGUAUAGUGUGAUAGUUCGUUGUAUAUGUUUGGAUUCUAGAAACUAAGUUUGAAAAUCUUGGAUGGUUUUGAAUCA